AUGUCCAGUCCGACUCCCACCACCACCUCCGCCCGCCCUCGCAUCCUCAUGCUCGGAGACCCUCCCUACCUCCGCCUCGAGCAGUGGGACCACUUCCAGCAGCGCUUUGAGGUCGUCUCGCCUGAUCUGUCGAGUCGUGAGGGGUUCAUGCAGGCGCUAAGGGAGAACCGGUACGGCGACUUUGAAGGGAUCGUCAAGUUCGCCGUCGAGACGGGCAACGGCGCCUCACCGUGGAACGAAGAACUCAUCUCUCUCCUCCCCUCGUCCGUCAAGCUCUUCGCCGCCGCCGGCGCAGGCUUCGACUACCUCUCCCUUUCCGCCCUCAACGCACGCAACAUCGCUUUCGCCAAUUCUCGCGGCGCAGGCGAUACAGCGACGAGCGAUAUCGCCUUGUUCCUCAUCCUCGCGACUUUUCGACUUACGAGCUACUCGGAGUGGGCUGCACGGACGGGCGACCCGAAGGUCUUCAACGAGGUUCACCUCGAGAUUGGAUCGAAGUCGCGUAACCCGAGUGGGAAGAUACUCGGGUGUGUUGGGCUUGGCGCGAUCCAGCGCGAAGUGGCGCGCAAGGCCAGGGCGCUGGGGAUGAAGGUGUGCUAUUAUGAUGUCGUGUCGCCGCCGGAGGAGGUGAUUGAGGCGCUGGACGCGGAGAAGUGCGAGACGUUGCAUGAGUUGGCGGGCAAGGCGGAUUGCGUGAGCGUUUCAGUCCCCUACAUGGACUCGACACACCACCUCAUUGACGCCCACUUCCUGUCCGCCAUGAAGCCCAACUCGCGAAUCGUCAACACCGCCCGCGGACCGGUCAUCGACCAAGCGGCGCUCAUCGAGGCGCUCAAGUCGGGUCACUUGCUGAGUGCUGGACUGGACGUGCACGAGUUUGAACCGCAGGUGUCGAGGGAGCUGAUUGAGAUGAAACAAGUCACGCUCACGACGCAUAUCGGCGGCGUCGCGCAAGAGACGUUCGUCGAGUUCGAGCGGCUCGUCAUGAGCAACACCGAGCGGUUCUUGCUCGACGGAGAGCAGCUGUUGACGCCUAUUGGCAAGCAGUUCGAGCCGAGCAAGGCGCGGUAA